CCCAGGAGAAGUUUUCACUCUGUUUGAACAAGUGAAGCGGCACUUCAGUGUCAAUGUAUUUUUUUUUUGUUGGAUUCAAAUUUAAUUUGCAAUUACUUCUUCCUAUAAUUUUUUCUGCUCUGAAAAUUCUCACAGGAGAAAGAGUACAUUCUUCUACUGAACUCUGGUAUGGAGAAUGCCGUGGACCUCGAAAUCUUCAAUUAUCUUUGUGAACCACGUGAUGGCCCGAAAAUUGAUAUCUGCUUCGAGGUAAUAAAUCCUAGGGUGUCUGAUUUAAGCAAUGACCAUGAGUUCCUGGUUAAGUCUGGGGAGAGGUUAAGGUUGGUUUCUCAAAAUUCUUUGGAUCAAGCUGGCUACAAUAUCGAUACUGACGGAUUGAUCCUCACAAAGAACCUAUGGAUUAGCAUACCCUUCCUAAGAAAUGAGGAGAGCGGCACCACCCUAUUGGAGAUAGCAAUUGCUAAGGAGUUGUCUGUUCGUGAUGGGGAAAAAUCUGAAAUAAGAUUGGAGAUGACCUUGGAGAAUCUUAUUGAGGUAAUGUUUUUAAUCAUGAACUCUGCACUGCUGUGA